AUGGCAUGGUACAAGUUCUUCAAAAAGCCGGGGGGCAACCUGGGGAAGUCGUUCCAGCCGGGGAGCAUGAUGUCUCUGGCCCCGACCAAAGGGCUGCUGAACGAACCCGGCCAGAACAGCUGCUUCCUCAACAGCGCUGUACAGGUCUUGUGGCAUCUGGACAUCUUCAGACGCAGCUUGAGACAGCUACCUGGGCAUUUCUGCCUCGGUGAAUCCUGCAUUUUCUGUGCAUUAAAGAGCCUUUUCACCAAGUUCCAGCAGAGUCAAGAGCGCGCCCUGCCUUCUGACGACCUGCGUCAAGCCUUGGCAAAGACCUUUGAGGACGAGCAGCGCUUCCAGCUGGGCUACAUGGACGAUGCCGCCGAGUGCUUUGAAAAUAUCCUGGAGAGGAUCCACUUGCACGUAGUGUCUGAGGAGACCGACGCCUGCACCUCCCAGUCCUGCAUCACGCAUCAGAAGUUUGCUAUGGCACUUUACGAGCAGUCUGUGUGCCGUAGCUGUGGAGCUUCCUCCGACCCGCUGCCCUUCACCGAACUCGUACAUUACGUCUCCACCACAGCACUUUGUCAGCAGACCCAUCAGCGGCGCGAAGAGUCUUUUGGGGAAGUGUUACAAGUAGCAAGUACAAUCGGAGACCUUCGAAACUGCCCCAGCAACUGCGGCCAGAAGAUCAAGAUCAGACGAGUCCUCAUGAACUGCCCGGAAAUUGUUACCAUCGGCUUUGUGUGGGACUCCGAUCAGUCGGAUCACACGGAGGACGUUAUCCGCUCUCUGGGGCCUCAUCUCAGCCUCUCUGCGCUCUUCUACCGGGUCACAGACGAACGCGCCAAGAAGGCAGAGCUGCUGCUUGUGGGGAUGAUCUGCUACACCAGCCAACACUACUGUGCCUUCGCCUACCACACCAAAUCCUCCAAAUGGGUCUUCUUUGAUGAUGCAACAGUGAAAGAGAUUGGUUCCAGGUGGAAAGAUGUGGUCAUCAAGUGUAUUAAAGGUCACUUCCAGCCUCUCCUCCUGUUUUACGCCGACCCUGAUGGGAGUGCCAUCAUCACAGAAGAUGCCUCAAAACCAAACAUCAGCCAUCCCCAAAACAAGACCUCAGUUAAUGGAGAUGUACAAGGCUCGGAGCCUCACAUUUUUGUACAGAAGAAGCUGGAACUAACCAAAGAGAACUUGAAGGCUGUGCUGGGCCACGAUCCUCAAAAACACAAAACUUCUUCCACUCUGACCAAGAGCAGCAGCGGAUGGGGACAAGUGAAAACUGUCACCAACGAGCCCAAGAGUCGCUUCCGAGAUUUCUCCAAAGAGGUUGCCCAGAGAGCGGGAGAACAGCGAGGAAUGCAUUCAUCCAGAAGAGAUGCUGAUCGGAGCGGUCAGCGGAGGUUGGACCCGCGUCACAGAGAUCCAGGUCAGGACAAGACCUACUCCCGCUCCGCCUCUCCUCCAGAGAACGGCUUCAAGCAACACAUAGACACCAGGCUGUACAGCAGCCAAGGAAAAGGUCCGAUCAAGAGCGAACGAACGCCACACCUUAGCAGCCGGCCCGCCCACGAGGCAUCUCGCUCCCACCAGAGGCUCCCACAAGUGUUGCCCACGAUAAACAACAACCGUCAUGGCUGGAGACUGGACCACCACCAUUCCAACGGAUACGACACGGACAGCAGCCAGGACUCCAGGCAUCGAAAUGGAGCGAACAGCCGCAGCAGGUCCAAUCCUCCGUGGAGGCCCAUGCGGGAUGCGUUGAAUGUGGACAGCGUCUUGAGCAGCACUGAUGUCGGGAACCCAGUAAGAGAUGAGCGACGGCACCACAGCCCUCGAAGGAGGCCCAGCAGCCAGUCGCCGACACGAGAGCGUGACCAAGAUUUCACGUGGGGAGGCCGGGACGAACGCAAACCCAAGAGCCUGAUGACCAUCUAUGAAGACGAGCAGAAGCAGGAAACCAGGGGCAGCCGAAGCUCGCUGAACUCGGUGGGCAAGGACAGGUCCAAGGACUCGGCGACUCUUAAAGUACACAACGACAACUGGAAGAUCCAGAGAACCGAGUCUGGGUACGAAAGCAGCGACAGACUCAGCAACGGCUCAGCAAAUCUGGACUCCCCUGUUGUCGAGGGCCUUUCCUCCAAAGACCUCCGGCCCGUACCCGAGCUGCAGCCGAUGAGGGAUCAGUUUACUCUGAGGGGAAGUGAUGAUUUGAGAGCUGAUGUGUUGUACUCUGCGUUUUCUACUCGCGAACAAGGACGACAUUCUCCAGAUCUCCAAGACUCCAGCCUGUCCAACCAGUACAUGAAAAGAAGAAGAGGCUUUCGAUUCACGCCGGGACUCUCCGAAAAGAACAAUGACCCGGAUAGCGAACCAGAUGACAUCAGCCCCAUAAGCCCCAUUCCCCCCCUCUUGACAAAGACCAGCAGCUCUGAGUGGAACAGCUCAGACGACCUCGCCGGACUUCUUUCUGACCAAGAAGGUACUGGUACGGCUCACGUGGACUCGCGCAGUCUCCCUCCUCCUUUACCUCAGAAAACCUUGGGCUCUAAUCUGUCUGGCGUCCACGCCACACCAAGGGAGGUGCCGCCGCGGCUGAGCCCCCGCAACGAGUCCACAAACGGCUUACCCAUCCCCUCGCACGCCAACAUGCGGUGGUGGAUCGAGACCCCCACCGAGCACAGACUUUCAUCCGACACUAGUUCCAGGUCGGGCUCGUCGGACCAAGACCGGAACGAUCUGUCGGCGAGUGAAAGCGAUGACAGGUUACCAAGUCCAAACCCACGACCUGGUGAUGGUACGGACUCCCCGUCCCUGACGGAGAAGGUUCUCCCCACCACUUUCUUCUCUGUGGACAGCUGUAUGACGGACACUUACCGGGCCAAAUACCACAAGAAGCCUGGCUUGUACAGGAAGGCAGAGGACCACACCUCAUCAGGGGAGAGUGACGCCGAAGGAAGAGGUCUCGGUGUAGCAAAGGUUCAACCCACUGAGCCUUCAAGGAGCAAACCAGACGCAGGUCGUUCUAAUGCAAAGACCUUUGCAAAGUGGAAUCCAGUUACUCCAAAAGGUCUCGACGAGCACGGCUUCCUGUGA